GCCAGUCGAUGGCGGAGGUGGGUCUGCCCGGGGGUCCCCUCUCCUCCUCGUCCUCGUCUUCGUCCCCGGACUGGGACCCCCUGCCGGGCUUCUCGGCCUCUCUGGCGGGGGAGUCUCCGGCGGUGCUGCUGAGCGAGCGCCUGGGCCAGAUCGAGGGGCGCCUGCAGCGGGGCUCGCCCACCGACUUCGCCCACCUGAAGGGCAUCCUCCGCCGCAGGCAGCUCUACUGCCGCACCGGGUUCCACCUCGAGCUCUUCCCCAACGGCACCGUCCACGGCACGCGGCAGGACCACGGCCGAUUCGGGAUUUUGGAGUUCAUCAGUUUGGCCGUAGGACUGGUCAGCAUCCGAGGAGUGGACUCCGGCCUUUAUCUGGGGAUGAACGAAAGAGGGGAGCUCUACGGAUCGAAGAAGCUCACCAGGGAGUGCGUCUUCCGGGAGCAGUUCGAGGAGAACUGGUACAACACUUACGCCUCGACGCUGUACAAACAUUCCGACUCCGAGCGGCAAUAUUACGUGGCCUUGAACCGGGAUGGAUCCCCCAGAGAAGGAUAUAGGACUAAGCGGCACCAGAAGUUCACCCACUUCUUGCCCCGACCAGUGGACCCCAGUAAGACGCCCGCCAUGUAUAGGGACCUUUACCACUAUAGGUGAUCCGGACUCUACAGUUUGGGUUUCUUGUAUAUAUAUAUGUAGGAAACAGAGGGAUGCUUUUGGUGCUCCUUGCCCAACGGAGAAGGACCUGCCAUGACUUUCUCAAGUCUUGAAGGCAACUCUAUUUACUUCUUUGGGGCCGGAGAUGGAUGCAGGUCUUGGAAGGAAAAGAAACAGACCAAAGAUAUAUAUAUAUAUAUAUAUUGAAAUGGAUGCAGAACCUGGAAGGAAAAUAAACAAAUCCAAGUGGAGAUGGACACUUGGACCUCCACUGGUGCCUUCUUUAACCGGUGAGCGAGGAAAAGGACCAAAGAAACCCUAAGAUAAUUCUAUUACUAUGUUCUGAAAUGACAAUUACCACCAGCAUCAAUCGCCGGACAUACGAUUGAGACGAAAGGUGGCGCAUUUUGAGGGAAAGCCUUUGGAUGGAUUGGGUUUGCUCUUUGGAGGUAUCCACAUGGACUUCUUCUUGCCUGAUGGAUCCAAAUGGACUUCUUCUGAAACUCCUGACCUAUUCAAGUCCAUGUUAAAUCAUGAUCCUGAUGGAUUGAUCCAAACGGACCGGAUGAGCGGAAUAUCCUCAUCCUUUUUGCUGGAUGGAACACCUCGAAGUACCCAAAUGGCCAUCUCUAAUUUCUGGACUUCUUUUAGGACAAGUGCAUUCAAAUGGAAUUGGCUAUCUGGACUUUGUAGGAAUUGGACGAUGAAUGUGUUUUUGUGUGUUCCUAUCGUGCUGUUUUCCUACUUUUGGAAAUACCGUAUGUGCGAUUUCACAGAGACCACGACGGAGAAAAGGGCGUGAAAGGGAAUCAUCUGUCGCCCGAUGUAAACACGGCCCUGUCUCUGAGGGCGAACCCUAUUUAUAAAGUGUAUAUGGGUAUUUAUUUUAUAUAUUUAUUUAUUUCAGGAAAAGAAAUAAUUAUUAUUUUAUUUUUUAACAAAGGGAAAUAAGAGAAAGAUUAUGGCCGAACUUUCGCCGACUGGAAGAGAGAGGAGCGGGUGGGCGUUUGCGGGGAAUGGAGUUUGAAGAGCUUAACCAGCAAUAAAAAUUGUCUUUAUAUCUAUCUAUCUA